AGAGCCAUGGCCAAGGCGGGCGGCCCGGCGCCCGGCCCGUCGCUGCCCGCGGCCACGGUGCGCGAGGAGCUGCUGUGCCCCAUCUGCUACGAGCCCUUCCGCGACGCCGUCACGCUGCGCUGCGGCCACAACUUCUGCCGCGGCUGCGUGAGCCGCUCGUGGGAGGACGCGGCGCGCCACGCCUGCCCCGUGUGCAAGGCGGCCUGCGCGCCCGAGGACCUGCGCACCAACCACACGCUGGCCAACCUCGUGGAGAUGUGCCUGCGGCAGGAGCAGCAGCCGCGCCCGGCGGAGGCGGGGGCCGCCGCCUGCCCCCUGCACGGCGAGGAGGUCAAGCUCUUCUGCCUGGAGGACAAGGAGCUGGUCUGCUUCGCGUGCCAGAGCGCCCGGCCGCACGCGGGCCACCGGCUGAAGCCCGUGGCCGAGAUGGCCGAGAACUACCGGGCCAAGUGCAAGGACAUGGAGAACUCCCUGCGGGACAAGAUGAAAGAAUUUGGAAGAAUGCAGUCCGAUUACAGACUCAUUGCGAACCACAACAAGGCAGAAAGUGCCAGGCUGGAGAAGGAGAUUAAGAAACAGUUUGAACAACUCCACGAGUUUCUCCAGAAUGAGGAGAGGAACAUGCUGGAGGAGCUGCAGCAGGAGACACAGAACAAGCAGGAGCUGAUUGAAGGCAAAAUUAAAAAGCUGUCUGAAGAAAACGACGUCCUCUUGCAAGAAGUUGGCCAGCUGCAGGCAGACCUGAAAGACAACGACACCUCCUUCCUCAAGAAACACAAAAACCGGAAGCGCAGAAUUGCCUGGACAAUAGGACAGCCGGAAGCGAUUCCGCCAGGGACUCUAGUGGAAGUCACCAAGUACUUGGAUUCUUUGCAGUAUAAUGUGUGGAAGAAGAUGCUGAAUAUCAUCAAAGUAGUCCCGUUCAGCUUUGAUCCCAACACCUCCGCAAGCUGGCUGGAAGUUUCGGACGACCUCACGAGCAUUGUCACCUGUAACUACAAGCUGAUGGUGGAAGUUCCGGAGCGCUUCUCGACUGGCAUGCCUUGCGUCCUGGCCUCUAAAAGUUACUCUGAAGGGUCUCACACCUGGGAGGUGAAUAUCGGUGGCGCUGAGCAUUGGUACAUCGGCGUGGCCAAGAAGUCCUGCGGCUACUACUGGAGCUUUGGCUGCGACUCCCGUCUGGGGUUUGGAUACAUGUACCGCAUGCAGGGCACAAAGAACAAGAAAAGCCAGUCCUCCCAGUCCAUCGUGUCGGAGGGCGGGCGAAGGAAGAGCCUCAAGAGAGUGAGGGUGGAACUGGACUGCGAUGAAGGCGAGCUGUCGUUCUAUGAUGCUGAGCGGAAGAGCCACAUCUACACCUUCCACGACAAGUUUGGGGAAGUCUUUCCGUAUUUCUGCAUCUGCAACGCCGACGCUGCUAACUCCUCAGCUGAGCCGUUCAGACUCUGCCCUCUCCAGGUCCUGAUCAAGACAGAUUACCCAAACUGAGCAAACCUUGGUGCUUGUAUUCCUCUUAUCUGUUUAUCUCUUGUUAUGGACGCUUGCAUACACUAGCUGACACCAAGGCAGUAAAAAGAACACGCUGGUUUAGUUGAGUGAUAUUCCAUUAUUUGGAAUGUGCAGAGUUCUUGAGCAUAGAUGCACUUGCGAAGCUGGAGAAGGAGACGGUGGUGUGGGCUACGGUUUGGCACCGUGACUGUUGGUCUUGUGCAUCGCUCAGGAUUUUGUCCUGUCACCAGCGCUGUUUAAAAUCUACAAGGAACUGCUGGGGGAGAUGCUCCGGAGUGUGAAAUGCUAUCCAUACCCUGAUGCCAUGCAGCUCUGUGGUGCCUUGUUUCCAGAGUCCAAGAAAGCUGUUGAUACUCCAGAAUGCUGUCUGAGUUCAGUACUGGACUGGAUGAGGCUGAACAUGCUGAAAUUAAAUGAUGGUUGUUCGGAAGAAAGUGUGGCUCAGAGAGUGGGAUCCAGCCUGUUUGGGGAGGGGUGAAGCCCCCUUUGAGAAGAUCAGAUCACAGCUUCAGUGCGCUUCCGGAGCUUCACUCGUUUGCAUCGCAGCUCGACUCGCAGCGCACUCUGUGUGAGGCCGUGGAAGAUUGUCUGGAAGUCUCACGCCAAAAUGCUGCAGCUCAAAUACUAACUGGUGUACAGUAUUGGGAUAAUAGCACUCCCUCUACAGAAAGAUAUCCACAGGCUGUCAAUUAUUUUCUUGGUUCAGUACAAACAAUCCAUUUAAUUUUCUAAAGUUCUAAAUGGCUUAGUUCCUGGGUAUCUGAGUCUGUUUCAAAUCUGCUCUGCUACUAACUUCAGCAGGUGCGAUUCCUUUGAAGUCGCCCUCUGUUGCAGCAUCCUGCUUGUCGGCCACAUGGGGAAGGCCUUUCUCCCAAACUCUGGAAUGCAGCUCCUUUUAGAAUUACAGCUGUUCCCCAGUCUGUUUUCACAAAAGGGGUCAGGAGGAAUCUUACUUGGCCUUUUAAAUUGAUAUGAUGCUUAAAAGUUACUUUAUGCACUUUAAAGAAAAAACUUUUAUUAUGUUUGUAUUUUAUUAUUCCUUUCCUUUGAGCUUUUGUAAACUGCUUUGGUCAAUUACAGAAAAGCACUAUAUAAAUACCAUAAUAAAAAAUCUUAAAAGGCAA